AUGUCUGCAGCGAACGUCAACGACGCCCCCACUGCUGAGCGCGCGACGUGGGACAAAUUUACCGAAUUUGAUCUCCUUGACAAGUACCUGACGGCUAGGAAUGACCCCAAGAAUGCAACGGAGAAGGGGCUCACGAAGUCAGCAUGGAGCGAGCUGAUAAAGGCGCUGAACGAAAAGAAAAACCGCCAGCUUUCUAAACUUAUCGACGAAGCUGACCCGAAGCAAAAAGGUCAAAUUAGAUCCAUCCGUGAGAGAGAAUUCGAGCACAGCACUGUGUGCAGUUUGAUUGCAGGUGACACGCGUGCCACUGGGGAUGAAGCGCGCACCAUUGAAGCCACGCUUGCAGAGAUUGCGGCUGAUAAGGAGGGAAACGGUGACUCGUUCAACCAUUCACCUACCAGCACGGAGACCAACGAUGGCCCUGACCGUUUGGACGAACAACCGCCUCGCAAUCCAAAGGACCCCGCUAAGCGUGGCACUACAAAGAAAGCUCCAGAGGUUGCCAGCCACCAGCAGCGCAUUGAUAAACUCAAGCGCAUCCGUGAUAGAGCCUCAAAUGCUAAGCGCGAAACAAAGAAGGCUAAGAAGGAGGCUGCUGCGAGCGCUCAAGAGCAAGCAAUGCUAUCGUUUUUCGCGAUACUUCGAGUUCAAGCUAGAAGAAGCGAAAGAGGCGACGAAACAAGCGCAAAAGGCUGCUAA